UGGACUUUUCCCUCGGUGUGGAAACUUAAUUUUUACAUAUUCAAAUUUAUCAUUCUUUUAUGGCUUCUGGGUCUUGUCUUGUUUAAAAAGCUUUUUUUCCACUCUAAGAUUAGAAAAAAAAUCUUCCAUAUUUUCUUCUAGUUCUUUUGUAGUUUUAUGUACAAGUUUUUGGCUUAUCUGACAUUUAUUUUGUGAAGAGGUAGAGACAUGAACUUUUUGUUCCAAAUGGUUAGCCAGCUGUCCCCAAACUAUAUAUCGAAUGAUCAGUAUCUGCCCUGUUGAUUUCAACAGCUCCUUUACCCUAUAUUAAUGCCUACAGACAUACGGAUCUAUUUUUGAGCUCUGUUCUGUCUCACUGAUUUAUCUGUUUACACAUAAGCCAGAAUCAAAUUGCCUUAAUUAUAAUUCUAAUAUCUGGUAGUAUCAGAACUCCCCUUGAACUGCUCUUCUUUUGCAAGUUUCCAAAAUAUUCUCAUUAGCUUCAACAUCAACCUUAGAACCAGUUCAUCUAGUGUUAAAAAAAGCAAUCUACUGGCACGUUACUUAAUUUUUAAAUCAAUUUGGAGAGAAAUGACACAUUUGUAAGUCUAUUAUAAACUAUUCCUCAGAAGAGUUUCAAAGUUUUCUUCUCAUAUGCCCUAUGGAUUUGUUUCUGUUGCUGUAUGUUACGGAUUCAACUGUGUUCCCCAAAAACAUGUGCUGUAACUCCUAACCCCCUAGACCUGUGCUUGUAAUCCCAUUUGGGGCCGAGUUUUCUUUGUUAUGUUAAGAGGCCAUAGCAGUGUAGGGUGUGUUUUAAGCCAAUCACCUCUGAGAUAUAAAAAAAGCAGAUUAGGUAUAGAGAAGCAAGCAGAGAUGGAGGAAGACAGAUGCCGAGCCACAUAAACAUCACCCAGGAACACAAGAGACGAGGACCUUCCUCCAGAGCCGACAAAGAAAGCAAGCCUACCCCUAGAGCUGGCACCCUGAAUUCGGACUUCUAGCCUCCUAAACCAAGAUGAAGAGACAGGGAAGCAUGAUGAACCAGCAAAUGAGGGGGGAAGCCUGGAGCCCAGAGGCGGAGGCUUCACUUCCGAUUGCCACGCUGCACCACGAAACCCAAAGAGCCCUCCAGCCCUUCAGCAAGCUACAAGAAAAGGUGGAGCAGACGUCAAGGCUUCUUGGCCAAAGGCAAAGCCACAAAAAGAAACUGCUCUGAGGAAACAGCGCUUGGCUCCUCCAAAACUUACCUGCCAGGAGUGGCGUGGACGGCGCCAUCUUGUUCCGGAAAGAGAAACACCCGCGUUCAGGUCAGAGUUCACGAGGGCCGAACCCAGCCCGUACACGUCUUCUCAGGCGUGGAACGGCGAGUUGGUAUUUCCGGGGCCACUAGCCUCGGGGCCAAUCUAGUUCCGAUUAGAGAAAGGCGGAAAAGAAGCCCGAACGCGCACGCGCAGCUCUGCGCUCCACUGUAUAGGUCGUGGGCGGGCUGGGCUAGAGCUGGUGCGCCCGCCUCCUCCCUCCCUCUCUCUUUUCCACAGCGGGCGGAGCGCGUCCAGUGCUGACGUUGGCAGCCGAACCCGAAGUAGUUCGAGGCGGCCGGCUGCACAGUCAGCCUGUUACGUUGCUUUUCCUUCCUUUUUCUCUCCACGCUCCGGGCGGCGGCGGCACGAGAAGGUCCCGGCGGCCUGCUCUCUUCCUCCUGCUCGUCCGCACCGCUCGGCCGGUCGGUCCGGCGUCGUCAGUCGAUUGGCGGCCCGCGCCCGGCUAGUGGUCCGCCGCCGCGCGCGCCGCGCCCAGGCCCAGCGGCCGGAGCUCGCGCCCCGCCUGCGCCUCCUCGCUCCGGCGGCGCGGACCCCACGAGCGAAGCCUCCUAGCGGCCCGAGGGGUGGCCGGGGCAGGUGGUGGCGCCGCGAAGAUGGUCGCCAAGCAGCGGAUCCGUAUGGCCAACGAGAAACACAGCAAGAACAUCACCCAGCGCGGCAACGUCGCCAAGACCUCGAGAAAUGCCCCCGAAGAAAAGGCGUCUGUAGGACCCUGGUUAUUGGCUCUCUUCAUUUUUGUUGUUUGUGGCUCAGCAAUUUUCCAGAUUAUUCAAAGUAUCAGGAUGGGCAUGUGAAGUAACUGAACCUUAAGAUGUUUCCAUUCUCCUGUGAAUUUUAACUUGAACUCAUUCCUGAUGUUUGAUCCCUGGUUAAAAACAAUUAAGUAAAGCAUCCUGCCUCAGAGUGACCUUUCAUAUCAUCCUUCCUGUAUCAUUCCAAGGUUUCUUCACCAGUCAUUCCAAGUUCUCUAGUCCGUACCACAGUGCCUUGCAAAAGCACCACAUGACUAAAGCAAUAAAAUUUGAUUGUUAAGCUACAGUAUUGGACCCUUCUUAUUCAGUCAGUAAAGACUAAGUUUUCCUAUGUGGUUGUUCAAACUGUAUGUAGUAUGGCUAAUCAGAUAAAAUCUGUGUAGACUGGGUCUAGAUUUUGUUACUCUAAUAUAUAAAUGCAAUUAGUGUAAUUUAAAAUUUGGAAUCUGUGGUUUUUAGAUAGCUAGGUACUUUAUUACUACUGUCUCUUGAGUUGAAAGCACACUCCAUAUAGGGUCAUGUAACCGUCCUGCAAUAAGGUGUUUAUAAAUGGGACAUGUACACAGCCUAGUUUUACCAAAACCUUUAGCACCUAACAAUUUUAAAAGGCUUCUAAAUGCCUCCUAUAAAGGGAGAUGUUUACAGCCACAGCCUCUGUUUUAACGGUAUGGUUUCUAUUACACUACCUUGGAUUUUACAUGAGUGAACAUACUAACCUAAGAUGCCAU